AUGAGCUGUGGCUGCCACCGCCACCAAAUGGGCGCAGCAACUGCCACGCCCACCGCCCAUAGCCAAGCGCAGUGUAUGCGCUUUUCAGCCAGAUUUGGCCACCUGCCGAAGCCACAAGUCCCAGUCUUAGUCUAUAUUCCAGUCCCUAUCCCAGUCUCUAUUCCAGUCUCUAUACCAGUUUCUAUUCCAGUCUCUAUUCCAAUCUCUAUUCCAGUCUCUAUUCCAUCUCUAUUCCAGUCACUUUCCCAACCUUUAUUCCAGUCCCAGUCCCAUCUCUAUUCCAGUCACUUUCCCAACCUUUAUUCCAGUCCCAGUCCCAGUCUAUAUUCCAGUCUCUAUUUCAGUUUCUAUUCCAGUCUCUAUUCCAGUCUCUAUUCCAGUCUCUAUUCCAGUCACUUUCCCAACCUUUAUUCCAGUCCCAGUCCCAGUCUAUAUUCCAGUCUCUAUUCCAGUUUCUAUUCCAGUCUCUAUUCCAAUCUCUAUUCCAGUCUCUAUUCCAGUCACUUUCCCAACCUCUAUUCCAGUCCCAGUCCCAGUCUAUAUUCCAGUCUCUAUUCCAGUCUCUAUCCCUAUUCCAGUCUCUAUCCCAGUCUCUAUCCUAGUCUCUAUCCCAGUCUCUAUUCCAGUCUCUAUCCCAGUCUCUAUUCCAGUCUCUACCCCAGUCUCUAUCCCAGUCCCAGUCUCUAUCCCUAUCCCAGUUUCUAUCCCAGUCCCAGUCUAUAUUCCAGUCUCUACCCCUAUUCCAGUCUCUAUCCCAGUCUCUAUCCCAGUCUCUAUCCUAGUCUCUAUCCCAGUCUCUAUUCCAAUCUCUAUUCCAGUCUCUACCCCAGUCUCUAUUCCAGUCCCAGUCCCUUUCCCACUCCCAAUCCCAGUCCCAGUCUAGGGUCAAGCAAUUAA